GAUACUAAAUAAACAUCUGGGGAAAUUAAUUCAGUAAAUUAAAAAAAAAUAGCCUUGAAGUGCAGAUACACCCUAUAACAAAAUAGGUACUUCCCUAAAUAAGUAGUAGGUAUUUUAAAAAAAAGUUAGCUAUUUAAUAUAUAUUAACAUACUUAUACCUACAGUGAAAUAAGUUAUGCAGUUAAGCUGGACUUUUUAAGUAAUAAAUUACAAGUUAGAACUCCUGAGUGAAAAUGUUGGAAGUGAACUUCAGAUUUUGUCUUUUUAUAGCAGUUCUUACAGUAAGUGCCGAAUGUCACGGAGGUCCAUCCUUGCCGUUAUCCAAAGACAGCUUUCAACUGAUUCAGCGAAUUUUUAUACCAACGCCUAGAGGACGAAAAGCUGAAUUGAGUGAUAUCAGAUUAAAAUAUUAUAGGGAUAGUGUAAAAAAUCACACAUCCUACCGAAUGCAGAAUUCUGUUUUACUGUUAUCAGAUCCUACUUUUGAGCGGCAGAAGCCUACAGUGAUUUACGUCGGUGGAUAUCUAGAAGUUACCAGCGAUUCCAGUGGUGCUACGUUACUGGAGGCAUAUAUCAAGAACGGUGGAUUCAACAUACUCAUCCUGGAUUGGUCGAACCUUGCUUUCGGGGAUUAUAUCAGCGUCUUGUAUAAUAUUAAGCCGGUGGGAAACGAAGCCGGCAAAGCGAUAUUGAAGCUUCUAAAACAGGGAUUAAAUAUACAAGGUUUACAUGUCGUGGGACAUUCUAUGGGAGCUCAUGUUGCAGCCGUUAUCGCGAGGUUUCUGAAGGCUAGAGGAUAUACUGUACCAAGGUUAACGGUUUUGGAUGCGGCGUACCCUGGCUUCUAUCCCCCGAUACAGACUGUGCCCAUCAACCCGGAAGACGCAGACUUUGUGGACGUCAUCCACACUGAUGGCGGAUGGUUCGGUGCCUCGACCAGUAUUGGCCAUGUUGACUUUUGGCCCAACGAUGGCACGGCCAAGCAGCCUGGAUGUUUGCCCUUCACCUUGCCGUUGACAGUUGAAAAUUUCUGUAACCACUGGCGUUCAUACUGGGCUGAGUCAGUCAAUGCAGACAACUUUGUAGCUCGAAAAUGUGAUAACUACGACGAUUUUCUGCGAGGGAAUUGUUAUGGAACUGCUUCUAUGGGGCUCGCUGCUACGCCAGACUUACGUGGAAACUACUAUUUAAGAACGGCAACCCAGGAGCCUUUUGCUUUAGGAGAACGAGGAGCUAUAUAAACCUUGUUUAAAAUCUCCGAAUCACCGGACUGGAAGGAAUAAACUGUUGUUAUUAAAUAAUAAUAGGCAACAUUUUUG